AUGUCAUAUCGAUCACUUUUUUUGACAGCGUGUGAAAAUGUAGACAAGUUCCCCAAAACACAAUUCGCUCGUCAACUUCACGAAAUCAUUUGGGUAGUAUCUUCCGGCGACUCAAUGAGCAAGAUGAGAGAAUAUUCUGCAGAGACAACAAAGCUAGUCUCAAUAUAUGGGAGUUUCAAGAUAAUGAGCAAGGUGGGGAUCAUUUCUGCGUCAAGGAAUGUCACUAAACCUCAUCAGCAUUUCAAAACCCAUGUAUUACCAACAGCGCAGAUUUGGAGACACAUCUUCAUGGUGGCCAUUUAUUGGCACGAGAAGAUCCUCGAUGCAGAUUCGUGUAAGAUUCGCAGAGAUGUAGAAUGGUGGCCUUGUUAAUCAUAUUCUUUCAAGCUUCAUACAUGCACCUACUUCUCGAGAUAUACUCAGGGUGA